AUGCUCCGGCAGGACAGCAGUGAUGACAUUGAAGAUGUGUCUCUCUUUGAUGCAGAUGAUGAUGUGUCCAGGAGAUCCAAAAAGUCCAAAAUAAGGCACCCAGUGGCCUCCUUCUUCCACUUGUUCUUCCGAGUCAGUGCCGUAGUUGUCUACCUGCUCUGUGAGCUCUUAACCAGCAGCUUCAUUGCCUGCAUGGUGACAAUCAUCCUCCUCCUGUCCUGUGACUUCUGGACUGUUAAGAAUGUCACAGGGAGAUUGAUGGUUGGCCUUCGCUGGUGGAACCAGGUGGAUGAUGAUGGUAGGAGUCACUGGGUGUUUGAAGCUAGGAAGGUAAAUUCCUGGGGGAACAAAACCUCAUCAGAAGCAGAGUCCAGAAUUUUCUGGUUGGGCUUAAUUUCCUGUCCUAUGAUCUGGGUGAUCUUUGCCUUCAGUGCUCUCUUCUCUUUCAAAGUGAAGUGGUUGGCAGUGGUUGUGAUGGGAGUGGUGCUUCAGGGAGCCAACCUUUAUGGUUACAUCAGGUGUAAAGUGGGCAGCAGAAAGAACUUGACAAGCAUGGCCACCAACUAUCUGGGGAAGCAGUUCCUGCGGCAGACUGUGGCUAAAGAGGACCAACCAACAUCCUGAGCGUGGUGGAAGCCUCAAUCCAGGCUGGAUUCUCAUUAGUGAACAGCAGAGAAUAUUGCUCUGACCUUUAGAUCUGGGAGCUGCAUACCUGAGGUGUGAAUUAAAAGAAGUAAAUAAAUUGUUGAAGACUUCAGGUGAAUCCUCCUGGCAGCUUCAGUUUCCCAUUAGCAGUUUUAUGUUUCAGUCCUUUUUUUUUCUUUAGGUUGAUUUAAUGAGAUUUAAUUUGCCUGCAGUUGAAAUUUAAAGAAGAUUCUAGCUGGCUCUCCUCCAGGUUUAGAACUGCUGGAUGAAUUCAGAGGAAAUUGCUGGACAUCCUUCUUCAGAAACACCAGGCACAAGCCAAACCUUCUGCUAGCCAACAGCUCCUGCAGCUCCUCCAGCAGCUGCUGCCUCAAGGAGGUCUGGUUGUGGAUGUUGCUGUGCUUUGCUCUGCUGGGAGGUUGUUGCUGCCUCUGUGGCAGAGUUUAGGUAGCACUCUUGGGGCUCUGCAUCCCUCACCCUGUGAUGUGGACAGCUCUGAGGUGGUGGCCCUGAAGGAGAUCUGAAGGAAAUGGUGCUGUUGGCUUAGUGGGAAGGUGAUACCAGAAAGUGACUCCUGAGCAGCUCUGCUCUUUUGUUGAUCUGAAGUGUUCAUGGAGGUCUCAGUAACAUCUUAAAGCCUCUUUUGCCUCUAUGUCUUUGUCUGGAGAGUGCAGCACGAGGAAAACCAGGUUAGGAGCAGGGCUGCAGACACAAUUUCAGGGUGACUCCAAGAGCAGUCCUUGACUGGGAUGGCAGCUGACAUCGUGUGGGUGCUGUGCAGUUUGGUGCCACAGGCCCUGCUCUGUCUCCAGGGGGCUGUAGGGUGGUGUGAUCUGUAGUUUCCUCACCAGCUCUUCAUCACAGGCUCACAGGGGACAGGACUGACAGGGGUUUAUGCUUCUCAAAUCCAUGUCCUGUCCUUCAGCCACGCUCCCCAAGGAGCCUGGGCUGGAAAAGAGCCUUUUGUAGGAUCAUGAGCUGGUGGCAGCAAGUGGCUUGUUUUGUGUGAGGAGCUGUAUGAGAGGGGUCAGCUCCUCCUUGUCACAUAGCUGUGUCCCAGGCAGGCUCUGCUGUCCCAGUGGUGGCUGUUGGGACCUUUGGGUGAGGUU